UAUUUGAUUGAUUGUUUAUUUUAGACAGGGACAGCAUAUAUUCAUAAAACAUUUAAAAAAAAAUGUAAAUAUAUAAGAUUAUAGCCUUUUUAGGCAAAUUUCCAUCUUUAGUCCCUAUAGAAAAAGUUGAUGGUCUCCAAUUAAAAAGACAAGUUAAAUCAAUGCAGAAAGAAUAACAGAAACAGAAACAACAGACGGAUUUGUCAAUAGAAAAAUACAACAGCAAUUUCAUAAAACAUAGAAGCAGCAAUUAGAAAAAAUAAUAAAAUAGGUAAACAGAUGUGACGGGAUAACAAAAAAGCAAAAAUAAAUCAAGAUUCAGCAAUUUUUACCUCUAAAAGAGCCAUUUGGUUCAGUUUCUUACUGACCAAAACCCAGCGAUAGCUGUCAAAUCCUAUUUUUGUAUCUAGAAAAAUACAAUUUACAUUUUUUUUUUCAAAAUUUAGCUUUUAAAUAUUGGCAUAAAUCAAAUUGAAUAGUGUUAUCUUUUUCUAUAUGUAACAAUUUGAAUUUCUUUUAUUUUUGACAGCAGCACAGACAUGUUCCUUUGAAAAUAAAAUCCGUCCGGUGUCAAACCGCAAACUAAUUUAUUCUUUAAACCCAAAGAGCCACAAUGGAGGACCAAAAGAGCUGCAUGUGGCUCUGUAGCUUCAGCUGGGAAAUUCCAGUAUUAAAACCACAAACAUAUUAAUUAGGAAGGCUAAAAUAUUCCCUAUAAAUACAUCUCAAAGUAAUGAGUGUUUUACUGAUCUUCUGUCUAAGUUUGUCUUGUUUUUGUUACUUCAGGAUGUCAGCUGUUAAAAUGACAGAGGGCAGCGUGCAGGUGGAGUCCUGCAGCGCGCCUCUGUUCUACAGAAGAAGCGAACCCUCAGAUGCCAGGAUGUCCGUCCUGCUGCUUCACGGCAUCCGCUUCUCCUCGGAAAACUGGCUCAACAUCGGCACGAUGGACACUCUGGCCAAAGCCGGCUGCUGCGCCGUGGCGAUUGACCUGCCCGAACUCGGUCGAUCUAAAUCAGCCAAAGGCCCAGCAGCAGUGGGAGAGCUGGCUCCGGCAGGUUUCUUAAAGGAGGUGUGUGAGAAGCUGAACCUGCUCCCGGUGGUGGUGAUCAGCCCAUCCCUCAGUGGGAUGUAUUCACUCCCUUUCCUCCUGGAAUACCAGGAUCUGGUUCGAGCUUAUAUCCCCGUCGCUCCCAUUUGCACUGAAAAGUUCACAGCAGAGCAGUACCAACGAGUGAAGACUGCCGAGUGCCAAGGCCAGGUGACAAGCAGACGGGUCUGGCUGGUGCUGAACAGAUCUCCGGCCCCCUUCCUGUCCACCCAUGACAGACUCAUCAGCCAGCAGACACGACUCCCCAGCCCAGUGUCCGUUUAAUCAUUCACCAAAGCUCAAGUGUAGACGUCACUGCUGUGGUUUUAUCAAUCAACUAAUCAGAGAGCGUACAACCUCAUGUCUGCACCAAAAUGUCCAUCCAUUAUUUUGGGAGAAAAUCCUUCAAAUCUAACAAAAAAUGCACUUUAAUUUGUGUGAGAAUAUAUUGAAAGUAUAGUGUAUGUAAUGAUCAGUCAUUAGUUAUAAUGUAAAGGGGAUUUGUACAUUUGAAAUAAUCUCAAAAUAAAAUCUGGGGGA